AAUCCUAAAAUUUCCAAAAAAAAUCAGAGAGCAAAAGUAGACGAAGAAGCAAGGUGCCGUGUGUUCAUUCUCUGCCCUAUUUCAUUCCAAGUUGCCUUUCAGGAGAUUUUACCUUGCGUCUGUAUACCCGAGCACUCGCUUCAAGAAUGGCUCUGUUCGGUUCCUCUGCCGAGAGCAGCAAGCUCAUCCAGUUCAAGGCUGGUCGCAUGACCCUGCGCAAUACGACCGUCCAACCAGACAAACGCAAGGGCUUGCUGUACAUGGAAUAUUCCCCUGAGCGCAUUCUGGUGAUGAAGUGGAGCGACAGAGCCUCGGGAGAGGUGGAGCUGGACUUGAAGCUCUUUCCUGGCGAGGCUGAGUUCCAGCGUGUACCGCAGUGCACUACUGGGCGGGUUUACAUUCUGCGCUUCAAGGACUCGUCCAGGAAAUACUUUUUCUGGAUGCAGGAAAGUAAUGAAAAGGGAGACGAAGCCCUCGUCACGAAGAUGAACAACCUGCUAACUACCACUCCGCCUGCUCCUGCCUCUUCUGGUAUGGGGGGUGGUGGUGGACUGGGAGGUCUUGGCGGACUCGGGUUGUUGGAGGUCGCAGUGCAACCAGUUCAUCAAUGAGUUCUCAGUCGGCCGCAGGCUCUGCUACCCCUCCAGUCAGACGACCCCCAGCUACGAAUAGUGCCAGCGGAGCAACCAGCGAGUCCAGCAGCACAACAGGCCAGUCCAAUAGUAAUGGUACCAAUACUACAGCAUCUACCACUGCUGGAUCCACUGGCAGCAGAACUACUUCCUCUACUCAACCCUCUACGUCCUCAUCCAGCCGAGGUGUGCGCCUCGAAGAUCUUGCAAGCUUCUUUGAUGGCAGUCCAGCCAGCGCUGCAGCUGCUGGUGCCACGGCUGGUGCUUCGUCAGUUGAUCUGAGUGACGUUAUCACCAGAGAGCGACUAAUGAAAGUAAUUGGUGUGCCGGAGGUGUUUGAUGCGUUGACACCGCUCCUACCCGAAGACGGCUCGGAGCCCAGUGUCGAUACGCUGAAGUCGGUCGUCACGUCGCCGCAGUUUGCAUCGGCUCUGAAAGUGUUUGGAGCUGGUUUAGAGUCUGGUCAGCUGGCACCGUUCAUGACAGAGUUUGCUGUCAGUGAGGGAGCUAUCGCCAAGGCGGCAGUGGGCGACGUCGAAGGAUUCCUUCGGGCGCUGCAGGAUUCGGAGAGCUCUUCUGGUAGCAAGGAGGAAGGGAUGGACACCAACUGAUAGCUUCAGCUUACCAACGAAUGGUGACGUGGGUUUGGUUUGUCACUGUGCUGGAUAUGAGUGAACGGGACAAGGGCUGCUGAAGUUCUCGUUUUUUUUUUCUUCCUCCGAAAUCGAGGCAGCCAGUUCUUUGCAGCCUUACUUCAGCUUCUAACCCUGCCGUAGCUCCUUGGCAUUUUUUCCUACUCAAAGAUGUUGAUUUCUCCUGCCUGCCCGUCGUAUACGUAUCCACCCACGGCUGCUCGCACCGGUGACUAGUGUCCCCGUUGCUCUUAUGAUGCCAUUGUUAUUGUUUUAAUGAAUACAUGUAUGACCUAGCUAUGCUCUGCAUGACGUCAUCGCAUGAUGUCACCGCAGACCAUCCAUGCUUUAUGAUAAUAAUUUAUAAUUAUUAUCAUGACGACAUUUUGUCUCAUACACGUGCGCGCGCGCACACACACACACACACACACACACAUACGCACGCAUGCAUGUUUUGGUGCAUCAUUUUCGCUAUUGAGAAUUUGUUUGUGUUUUUUAUUUUAUUUUUGGAUUCGUCUCCAGCUUCCUUUCCCAUCAGAUUGUAGUUCACUCUUAGUCAGUCAA